AUGAGGGGUUUCUUCAGUCGAGGAACCAAAGACUCGCCGUCUUCUUCCGCUUCUCCGUCGCCGAGAUCGUACCCUUCAACCUCUCCGGCGUCGUCAUCCGCAGUGACGGGACCACCGAGACCGAUUCGCCUAGUGUACUGCGACGAGAAAGGAAAGUUUCGGAUGGACCCUGAAGCUGUCGCUACUCUGCAGCUCGUCAAGGAGCCGAUCGGCGUUGUCUCGGUUUGUGGUAGGGCUCGUCAAGGAAAGAGCUUUAUUCUCAAUCAGCUUCUUGGACGUAGUAAUGGGUUUCAAGUAGCGUCCACGCACAAGCCGUGUACCAAGGGGCUUUGGUUGUGGAGUUCUCCUAUCAAACGAACUGCUCUCGAUGGAUCUGAGUAUAACCUUUUGUUGUUGGAUACUGAAGGCAUUGAUGCUUAUGAUCAAACCGGUACCUACAGCACUCAGAUAUUCUCGUUAGCUGUUCUUUUGUCAAGCAUGUUCGUGUAUAAUCAGAUGGGAGGUAUUGACGAAGCUUCGCUUGAUCGUCUUUCUCUUGUUACUCAAAUGACUAAGCACAUCCGCGUUAAGGCGUCUGGAGGGACGAGUUCACGUUCUGAGCUUGGACAGUUCUCUCCCAUCUUUGUCUGGCUCCUUAGGGACUUUUAUUUGGACCUAGUGGAAGAUAACCGCAAGAUUUCUCCGCGUGACUAUUUAGAAAUUGCGCUAAGGCCGGUUCAAGGUAGUGGAGGAGAUAUUGGUUCUAAGAAUGAGAUCCGUGAUUCAAUCCGUGCACUUUUUCCGGACAGAGAAUGUUUUCCUCUUGUAAGGCCUCUGACAAAUGAAAAGGACCUCCAGAGACUUGAUCAAAUUCCGUUGGAAGAUUUGAGAGCCGAGUUUGGUGCUGGCCUGGAUGCAUUGACCAAGUUUGUUUUCGAGAAGACGAGGCCCAAACAGUUAGGGGGUACGGUGAUGACCGGUCCUAUACUUGUUGGUAUCACACAGUCUUAUCUGGAUGCGUUGAAUAACGGUGCCGUGCCAACAAUAACCUCAUCUUGGCAGAGUGUGGAAGAAACUGAGUGUCGAAGAGCAUAUGAUUCUGGUAUAGAAGCAUAUUUGGCUGCCUUUGACCAAUCAAAAGCUCCUGAAGAAGGUGCACUGAGGGAAGAACAUGAAGAAGCAGUUCGAAAAGCCUUGGCUAUGUUUAACGCUAAUGCUGUAGGGGCUGGUUUAGCCAGAAAAAAAUACGAGGAACUUCUCCAUAAAGACUUGAAGAAAAAAUUUGAGGAUUACAAAAAGAAUGCAUUCAUGGAAGCAGAUUUGCGAUGCACGAGUACUAUCCAAAGUAUGGAAAAGCAGCUUAGAGCAGCUUGUCAUGCCUCUAAUGCAAAUAUGGAUAAUGUUGUCAAGGUUCUAGAAGCACGUUUGUCAGACUAUGAAGCAUCAUGCCAUGGCCCGGGGAAAUGGCAGAAACUUUCUGUGUUCUUGCAGCAAAGCUUGGAAGGACCGAUAUAUGAUCUGACGAAAAGGCUUAUAGAUAAUAUCGCUAUAGAGAAGAACUCACUUGCAGUGAAAUUCCGUUCCGUUGAAGAGGCGAUGAAACAUGUAAAGCAGCAGUUGAACGAUAGCGAGAAAUACAAGUUGGAAUACCAGAAACGUUAUGAUGAAUCCAACAUCGACAAAAAGAAGCUGGAAGAUGUAUAUAGAGAGCGCAUAACUAAACUACAGGGGGAGAACAGGUCGCUGAACGAACGGUGCUCCACGUUGGUUAAAACCGUGGAAUCUAAACAGGAAGAUAUCAAGGAAUGGAAAAGGAAGUAUGACCAGUUUGUUUUGAAGCAGAAAGCUGUUGAAGAUCAGCUCAAAUCUGAUAUGGAAGUGCUUAGGACACGGAGUACUACUUCUGAUGCUAGGCUUUCUGCAGCUAGAGAGCAAGCCAAAUCCGCGCAAGAAGAGACAGAGGAAUGGAAAAGGAAAUAUGAUUAUGCUGUGGGAGAGGCAAGAUCUGCUCUUCAAAAGGCUGCUUCAGUUCAAGAACGUUCAGGCAAGGAAACACAAUUGAGGGAAGAUGUUCUGAGGGAGGAAUUUACUUUAACAUUAGUUGAGAAGGAUGAAGAAAUUAAAGAGAAGGCAACAAAAAUUGAGAAGGCAGAGCAGUCUCUAACUGUUCUAAGAUCAGAGUUGAAGGCGGCAGAGUUGAAAAUCAAAAGCUUUGACGUGGAAACAGCAUCACUGAAACUAGAGUUAAGGGAAAUGAUUGAUAGGUUAGACAGUGCCAACACAAAGGCUCUAGCAUAUGAAAAGGAGGCAAACAAGUUGGAACAGGAGAAAAUCCGCUUGGAGCAAAAGUACCGAUCUGACUUUGAAAGAUUCGAUGAAGUCCAAGAGAGAUGCAAAACAGCUGAGAUAGAAGCUAAAAGGGCUACUGAACUGGCGGACAAAGCUCGAACUGAUGCCGUGACUUCCCAAAAAGAGAAAAGUGAGAGUCAGAGGUUGGCAAUGGAAAGACUUACUCAGAUCGAGCGAGCUGAGAGACAUGCCGAAAACUUAGAGAGGCAGAAAAACGACUUGGAGGAUGAGUUGCACAGACUUCGUGUGUCUGAGAUGGAGGCUGUCUCCAAGGUUACAGUCUUGGAAGCAAGAGUAGGAGAGCGAGAGAAAGAGAUCGAGUCGUUGUUAAAGGUAACCAACGCGCAGAGAGCGCACAACGUGAAGUCACUGGAGAAGCUGUUGGAUGAAGAGCGGAAGGCUCAUAUAGCUGCAAACCGAAGAGCCGAAGCUCUUUCUCUCGAGCUGCAAGCCGCGCAGGCAAGCGUUGAUAAUCUUCAGCAAGAGUUAGCUCAAGCUAGGUUGAAAGAAACUGCGCUUGACAACAAAAUCAGAGCUGCCAGUGCUUCGCGUGGGAAACGGACCAGGGUCGAAGAUGUUGUUGAUAUGGACAUUGGAGAAGCAAGCGAUAGAAUCUUGAAGACUAAUAAACGGUCUCGGAGCGCAAGAGGAGAUGAUGAUAGUGGUGCUUAUGAGGAUGGUGUUUCCGUUUCCAGAGGAGGUGAAGACGAGGAGGAAGCAGAAGAUUACAAGAAGCUCACGGUGCAGAAUCUUAGGCAUGAACUGACCAAGUAUGACUACGGACAUUUGAUACUGAACAAAGGGCAUCAGAACAAGAAAGAGAUUCUUGCUUUGUAUGAAGCUCAUGUUCUUCCCAAGAAAGAGGAAGAGAGAAAGAGACAGAGGGAGGCUACUUCUUAGGACAAACUCUGUAUAGAGUGAGGUGAUCUCAAGUAAGAGUUGGAUUUAGAAAGGCUCUGACUUUAAGUAUUGUUUAGGGUUUCUGAGUUUGUCUUUGUGUUGGUAUUAAUUUGCGUGGGGUUUGAGUCGGUUUUCGUGUCGGAUGGAACUAUUGAUUUGUAAACCAUCUUUUUCUUCAGAAUUAUGGUGAUUGAUUGGUGAGUUUGAGUUCGACCUU